AUGUUGAGAUCGCUGCUACUCCUUGCCCCCCUUGUGGGCGCUGCUGUGAUCGGCGUCAGGGACAAUACCCAGAAAUGUCCUGGUUACAAGGCCACGAAUAUCAAGGAGGGCGGCAACUCAUUGACGGCGGAUUUGACCUUGGCCGGUAAACCGUGCAACACUUACGGCACCGACUUGAAGAACCUGAAACUUCUUGUGGAGUACCAGACUGAUAAACGUCUGCAUGUUAAGAUCUAUGACGCCGAUGAGGAGGUUUACCAGGUCCCCGAGUCGGUUCUCCCUCGCGUGGAUGGCAAAGGUGGAUCGAGCAAGAAGUCGGCGCUCAAGUUCGACUAUCAGGCGAAUCCUUUCUCCUUCAAGGUCAAGAGAGGCGGCGAGGUGCUCUUCGACACCACCGGUUCGAACCUCAUCUUCCAGUCGCAGUAUCUGAACCUCCGCACCUGGUUGCCCGAUGAUCCUAAUCUCUACGGUCUUGGAGAGCACACUGAUUCUCUUCGCCUGGAGACCACCAACUACACGCGUACCAUGUGGAACCGUGAUGCUUAUGCUAUUCCUGAAAAGACCAACCUGUAUGGUACUCAUCCCGUGUACUAUGACCACCGUGGCCACGGCACUCACGGUGUCUUCUUUCUGAACUCCAACGGCAUGGACAUCAAGAUCGACAAGACCGAGGACGGCAAGCAGUACUUGGAGUACAACACUUUGGGGGGUGUCUUUGACUUUUACUUCUUCACCGGUGCUACCCCCAAGGACGCCAGCAUCGAAUAUGCGAAAGUCGUCGGUCUUCCCGCUAUGCAGUCCUACUGGGCGUUCGGUUUCCACCAAUGCAGAUACGGCUAUCGUGAUGUCUUCGAGGUUGCUGAGGUUGUCUACAACUACACCCAGGCGAAGAUUCCUUUAGAGACCAUGUGGACCGACAUUGACUACAUGGACAGACGUCGGGUGUUCACACUUGACCCUGAGCGGUUCCCUCUUGAGAAGAUGCGUGAGUUGGUGACAUAUCUUCAUAGCCACAACCAGCACUACAUCGUCAUGGUUGACCCCGCCGUCAGCGUGAGCGACAAUGGCGGCUACAACGAUGGAAUGGAGCAAGGCAUUUUCCUGCAGACUCAAAACGGUAGCCUCUACGAGGGUGCCGUCUGGCCUGGUGUGACUGCGUAUCCCGACUGGUUCCAUCCUAACAUCCAACAGUACUGGAACGACCAGUUUGGCAAGUUCUUCGACAGCAACACUGGCGUCGAUAUUGACGGUCUGUGGAUCGAUAUGAACGAGGCCGCCAACUUCUGCCCUUAUCCAUGCAGCGAUCCCGAGGCCUACUCGAAGGAGAACAACCUGCCUCCCGCCGCUCCCCCCGUUCGUCCCAGCAGCCCGCGCCCGUUGCCCGGAUUCCCUGGUGAUUUCCAGCCCUCGUCCUCGUCGAAGCGGUCCACCAAGGGAUCCAAGGUUGGUCUGCCUAACCGUGACCUGAUCAACCCUCCGUACAUGAUCCGCAAUAAAGCCGGCUCCCUCAGCAACAAGACCAUCAAUACCGACAUCAUCCAUGCCGGCGAGGGGUAUGCCGAGUAUGACACUCACAACCUUUAUGGUACCAUGAUGAGUUCUGCUUCUCGCAAUGCCAUGCAGCACCGACGCCCUGAGGUGCGGCCUUUGGUCAUCACUCGUAGCACAUAUGCUGGUGCUGGCGCCCACGUUGGACACUGGCUUGGUGACAACAUCUCCGAAUGGAGCAAGUACCGCAUCUCCAUCGCGCAGAUGCUUGCGUUUGCCUCGAUGUUCCAGGUGCCCAUGAUCGGAUCAGACGUGUGCGGGUUCGGCGGCAACACCACCGAGGAGCUCUGCGCUCGCUGGGCCCGUCUCGGAGCCUUCUACACCUUCUUCCGCAACCACAACGAAAUCACCGGCAUUCCGCAGGAGUUGUACCGCUGGCCCACCGUUGCCGAGUCCGCUCGCAAGGCCAUCGACAUCCGCUACAAGCUGCUUGACUACAUCUACACGGCCUUCCACCGGCAGACCCAGACCGGCGAGCCCUUCCUGCAGCCCAUGUUCUACCUCUAUCCCAAGGACACGAACACCUUUAGCAAUCAGCUGCAGUUCUUCUACGGCGACGCCAUCCUGGUCAGCCCUGUGGCCGACGGGAGCCAGACCUCGGUCGACGCAUACUUCCCCGACGACAUCUACUACGACUGGCACACGGGCGCCGCGCUGCGCGGCCGCGGAGCCAACGUCACCCUCAGCAACAUCGACGUGACCGAGAUCCCCAUCCACAUCCGCGGCGGCAGCAUCAUCCCCAUCCGGUCCGAGUCCGCCAUGACCACCACCGAGCUGCGCAAGAAGGGCUUCGAGCUCAUCAUUGCCCCAGGUCUCGACGGCACCGCUUCGGGCAACCUGUACCUCGACGACGGCGACUCCAUUGAGCAGCGCGCCACCCUCGAGCUGGACUUCACGUACCGCAAGGGCCGUCUCCGGGUCAAGGGCAAGUUCGUCCGCACGGACGUGAAGAUCAACGCUGUCACCCUCCUUGGCCAGUCUGCGCCAGCCUCCAAGUCUGGAAGCCAGGCUUCCUUUGGCUCCGGCCGCCAGGCAGUCACCGUCAAGACGAGCUUGGAUCUCACUGGUCCUUCCGAGCUCGAUCUCAACUAG